AUGAAGGAACUCCUCCGAGAUGCGACGUUGGGAAAAGUCCUACGUCUUGUAACGCGGAACCGAGUUUUGAAAUAUCCAGAGGAAGAACGUAUGCCAGCGGACCAGGAAAAAACAGAUCCGGAUUUCUGGCGACAGUAUCUUCAUGAGCGCAAAACGUGGAAUGCGAGAGAUCAUGGUAGCUGCGAUGACCCGGAGCCGGAAGGGUCAGAAGAUAAAGAUAAGGAGGAUGAUGGUGCAGGUGUUGGUCAAGAUCAAGGGCAGGAAAGUAAUGGGGAUAGGAGAUUAUCGACUGCGAGGCAAAGUUCGGAACACACAAAAGUGGCAAAGGAGGACUCGGUGAAUGAGAAGAAUGGAGGUGUAGAUGUUAGGGUUAUCGAUUGGGAUCAAUCGUAUGGAGCGGUUGAUUCAGAGGAUCCACAAAAUUGGUCGACUGGAAAAAAGUUCUUCGUCACUUUCCUAAUCUGUCUAUUGACGUUCUCCGUCUACAUCGGAUCGGCCAUAUAUUCGGCGGGUAUUCAAGAUGUAAUGAGACAAUUCGGAGUCGGUCAAGUCGCCGCCACAGCCGGCCUUACUCUCUUCGUCGCUGGUUAUGGGAUAGGUCCCAUGAUUUGGUCUCCCAUGAGUGAGAUACCUCAAAUUGGUCGAAAUCCGGUUUACAUUGGCACGCUUAUCGUCUUCGUGGUCCUUCAAUUCGGUGUCAUAUAUGCGAGGAAUUUCGCACAGUUGCUCAUAUUUCGAUUCUUGACUGGCUUCUUUGGUUCGCCAGUGCUAGCUACUGGCGGUGCGUCGUUGGGUGAUAUGUAUUCGCCAAAGAAGAGGGCGUAUGCAAUUGGAAUUUGGGGAAUGGCUGCAAUCUCUGGACCUGUGCUUGGUCCAUUGAUCGGCGGGUUCGCAGCAGAGAGUAAGGGGUGGACUUGGACCAUUUGGGAAUUGACAUGGCUAUCCGGGGCCGCAAUGAUUGUCCUAAUCAUCCUCCUCCCAGAAACCAGCUCCGCCAACAUCCUUUACCGCCGACGAGCUCGUCUCACAAAACUCAGCAAAGUCAGCAAUCUGAAAUGUGAACCCGAAAUCGAAGGCGAUAAAAUGACGCGGCAAGAUAUAAUCAACAUGGCUCUCAUCCGACCAUUCUCACUCACCUUCACGGAACCCAUUCUUUUCUGUCUCAAUCUCUACAUUGCACUCAUUUACGGUAUUCUCUACGUUUGGUUUGAAUCCUUCGCCAUUGUCUUUGUCGAGAUUCAUGGCUUUAGCUUGGGGAAAGAGGGUUUGGCUUUCUUGGGGAUUUUCGUCGGGUCGCUUGUUGUAAUUCCGCCGUUUUUCUGGUAUUUGCAUCGAUAUCAAGAACCGCAGUUUAAUGAAAAGGGCGAGAUUAAACCGGAGAUUAGAUUGCAACCUGCAUUUGUGGGGGCGUUUUGCAUUCCUAUCUGUUUGUUUUGGUUUGGAUGGACUAGCAGAGCAAGUAUCCACUGGAUCGUCCCCAUAAUCGGCUCAUCCUUCUUCUCCAUCGGCGCCUUCCUCCUCUUCAAUUCCGUCCUAAACUACAUCGGCGACGCCUACCCCGUAUACGCAGCCUCAGCAUACGCAGGGAAUGAUUUUCUGCGAUCGACUUUCGGGGCUGGAUUCCCGCUAUUUGCUAAUGCUAUGUUUACGGAUUUGGGGGUGCCGUGGGCUAGUUCUACGUUGGCUUUUAUUAGUGUGGCGUUUAUACCCAUUCCAUUUAUUUUGUAUAUUUGGGGAGAGAGGAUUAGGAAGUCGAGUAAGAGGGCUAGACAUGAUAUUUAG